CUACCACAUUCGUGAGCGGGACUACGGUCUCGCCGCCGAGGAUUCCUGUUUCGCACGCGUGCAAGUAGACUAGCGACCUACGCCAGUCCUCGCAUCGGCACUUGAUGAGUUCAGUCGAGCCCCACGACGGCCUAGGGGCAGCCGGCGCCCUCGGGGGCGUCACUGCUGCGACCCCACCCCCAGCACACAGUAAUGGCGGUACCGGCAGCGCAACCCACGCUCCCGCGGGGGCUAGCACGCCGGCGGCCGUGACGCUGCCGCCGCCAGGAUAUGCGCUGGUGACUCUUCUGCUAGAGGGGCGGGAGCAGCCCGCGCUGCUGAACCUGCCGAUUGAGGUGCUGCCCAGUCAUACCUUCAUGGAUGUGUGUGCGGCGGCUCUGGCGCGGGUGCCGGACGUGCCGGCCGGGCACUGCCUACAGGGCGCCUUCCUGGAGAGCGGUGGCGCCCGACUGCCGCUGCACGAGCCGCACGCGCCCGCCCAGGCGGCGCUGCGCGCCUUCGCCCCGGGUAGCUGCCUGGUGUUCCAGGUGGGCGGACCGGCGGCGCAGGGCGGCGGCGGCAAGCGGCUGGCCAAGGUGGUGCCGCGGCGGCAGCGGACGUGGCCACGGCAGCUAGCGCGCGCCGCCAUCGGUGUGGCCAAGUUCGUGUUGGCUGUGGAGGCGGCGGCGCUGCUCCGAGGCGGCGCGCUGUCCACCCUCCGCCGCCUCCGCCGCGGCGGUGCCGACACCACCACCUCCUCCGGCUCCGCAUCCGACUCGGAAGGCGCCGGCGGCGCCAGCCGCCGCCGUCGUGGCCUGGGUGGCGAGACGGAGGCGGCCCUGGAAGCUGUGGCGGCGUACGUGACGGGUCGUGGCGAGCUGGGUGACCUGGCGGGGUUCCGGCCUGAGCUGGUGGUGGGCGCGCUGGAGGCCAUGGACACAGAGGUGCUGGAGCAGCUGGAGGUGCCGGAUGUGGCAGACACGCGGGCGGCGGUGCGCGAGAUGGUGGCGCAGUUCCGGCGGGACCACGAGGCGGCAGUGGCAGCGGCGCAACAGCAGGCGCAACAGGGAGAGGAGCCAGCGGAGGCUUCGACUUCGGGGAGGGAGCAGCGGCCGGGCGCGGGGAGAGCGGCUGGGCGGCCGGGUGCUCCGGCGGCUGCGGGCGGGGAGGCGGCGAAGGGCGGGGAAACGUCUGAGGCGCUGCCUGGGUUUGGGCCAGCCAAGUCGGGCACGGGGUCUGGAGGGGCGAGAGGUUCAAGUGGGAAGUGAGGUCUGGCAGGCUUGAUGGGCCGAGGGCCCUGCAGAGAGAGUGUGUGGUUGCAGGGAGGUCAGGCGUGGAGGCUGGACAAUGAGCGCCCAAUGUUUAGACGGGCAUUUGAGCUGCAAGCGGUGACCCUGACAGUUCCCAGACAUGCAGUACCAUACUUAUUUGGCUCGCUGUGGAGGUGCAUGCGUGAAGGGAGGGAUUGUCAGGGGGUUGAGGACUCCACGUAGCGGGUGCUGAUGCAGCUUGGUUGCUGCUCCUCAUCUGCGCUGAGCCAGGGCGCCACUGCGGCGCAUGCUUACGUGGUCAACAUGCUGUGUUACAUGCGGCUUCGGGAAUUCUGCGAAGGACUGCAGGGUGGGAAGCUCUGUCGGGCAGGGAGUAGGAGGACGGCGAGCCGGGAGUAGGAGGACGGCGAGCCGGGACGCGCUAUCUGCAUGGGCGAU